AAGGGGACAUGCUGUCAUCCUCCCUGCUCCAAAUCCUCCCAGGAUGUGCAGCAAGAAGGCAGGCUUCCUGGUGCUGCUCCUGGCCCUGGAGGGCCUUGUGGUGACUGGAGCCGCCAGGCAGCAUCUCAGGGCACAUCCACUCCCAGGCGUGAAGACCCCGCUGAAGCCCCUGGCCGCAAAUUACCUCUCCAGCUCCUGCGAUUUUGACAGCACCGACCGCCCCUUCUGCAACUGGACCCAGCCCCAGGACAGCCACAGCAGCCUGUGGCUCCGAGACCUCGGGCACAAGCCCGGGCAGAGCCCCGGCCCCCCCCAAGGAGACAUUGCACGGAGAGAGUAUUACAUCCAUCCAGGAGCUGGAGGGUCCGCACGGUUGGAAAGCCCGGAUCUGGACCCGGCCGGGGCAGAGCUCUGCCUGCAAUUCCUCUAUUAUUUGUAUGCCUUCGACAAGGAAACCCAGCUGACGGUCGAGAUCCAGAAUGCUUCAGGCAGCAUCACCCCCUUAUGGACCCGGCAUGGAUUGCAGAGCUCCUCCUGGCUGAGCGGGGCAGUGACCCUUCCUGCCCAGGCUCAGCGCCCCUUCAAGGCAAGUGGGGGUCACAGAGGGCCGUUCUGCCCUCCAGGCUGCCUCUGGGGGACAAUCUCCAAAGGAGAAGAUUUAGGGAGUUCUCGCAGCCUCUUUCUCUGUUUAUUAUUGAUCAAUUAA